AUGCCUAUGAAAGGAAGAUUCCCCAUUAGACGAACGCUGGAGUAUCUCCAGAAAGGAGAAGUAGUAUUGAAAAACAGAGUAAAGAUUUUGACAGUAAAUUACAACACACAUGGACAGCUCAGCGACGGAGCAAGGUCAGUUUGAUGGACUAGCUAGCUAACCUAGCUGUUGUUGGAUAAGCCUUUCAAUGCAGAGAGCAAUGAUAUUUCAAAAUCACAAGUUUUCUGUGGCAUUGUUAUAAUUAUACAGAUAUGCAAUAGAAAUUUAACCAGUAGUUGCCGAGUUAACAGUGCGUUCAAGACAACUGGGAACACGGGGAAAAAACGAGCUCCAACUGGGAAAAUCGUUUUGAAUGGUCAUCCCAACUCUGAAUUCCAAGUCGGAAACUCGGGCAUCUUUCUAGAACUCAGACUUUCCGAUAUGGAGCGAGAUAGUUGCCAAAAGGUUGAACGUACGUAUCGUCAGGAUCGUAAGAAAAGCCAUAUGUGAAACAUGAAACGUUAACGUUAAAUUAGAUCUGUAAAAGUACAAGCCUUAUAUUACGAACAUGAAUGAACAUCUACCCGUUCAAGUCUUACUUUACUCGAUUACAGAUAUUUUUUAUACAUACAAACUUUUGCCAGUAAUGUGGCAUCUGCAAAGGACAUGAACCGAACAUAGCUAGUCUAAGUUAGCUAGUCAAUCAAGCAACUCUAGCCCAGAAGUUAGUUGGCGCAGCGGUCUAAGGCACUGCAUCACUACAGACCCUGGUUCAAUUCCAGGCUGUAUCACAAUCCGGCCAUGAUUGGGGCCAUGAUUGGGAGUUCCAUAGGGCGGCGCACAAUUUUAGCCCAGCAUCGUCCGGGUUUGGCCGGGGUAGGCCGUCAUUGUAAAUAAGAAUUAGUUCUUAACUGACUUGCCUAGUUAAAUAAAAAAUAAAAGUUGCUUUGCAGCUUCCGGUUUCAUUUCCAAAAUAAGUCUAGAGCUUGUUUUGGAACUGCAUUCAAUAACGACGUUAUACCAGUAGAUGGCGUAGUAUAGGCUUGGCCUUCAUCAAAUGACUUGUGUGAGAAUGAUAGACACAUAUAUACAAUAACAUCCUGAGCUAAAAUUAUUGCAAGACAGCAGUACCCAAAAUGAUAGCCUAUAUUGCAAUGCCUGCAAGUUGAAGGCCUAUUUUUUUUUAUUUGGAUAGGCCUAAAUUAAACAUUGAAUUAUUUAAGUGGUAGGCUAAAGAACUUUGGAGAAUUUCAAUAAACAAAUGGAUAACAUUUUACAUUUACACUUUAGUCAUUUAGCAGACGCUCUUAUCCAGAGCAACUUACAGUUAGUGAAUGCAUACUUUUUUUUUUUUUUUAUACUGGCCCCCCGUGGGAAACGAACCCACAUCCCCGCCGGCCAAACCCUCCCCUACCUUGGACGACGCUGGACCAAUUGUGCGCCGCCCAUGGGUCUCCCGGUUGCGGCCGGCUGCGACAGAGCCUGGACUCGAACCAGGAUCUCUAGUGGCACUGCUAGCACAACGAUGCAGUGCCUUAGACCACUGCGCCACUCGGGGAGAUAAGACUGUUGUAUUCUCUUUGAUUUAGUUCCUAUUGCAACUCAGACAAAUGACUAAAUGGAUGACAUACUGACUGACUGAACUGAAUGAAGGAUUAAUUAAAUGUUCAAAUAUGUUGGAAUGACGAGUUGCACGCAUCAUGAAUGCUUUAUACACUUUAUUUGGCUAGUAGGCAAAUAGGCCUACAUUAGGAUAUAAUGACUAUGGCUGCAUGCCUCUAGAAGGGCAUUUUCUGAGGCUGAGGGGUGCUUUUCCAAAGGCGCGUGGUGCUGCAUUGAGAUCACAAGCUCUUCAACUGGGCAGCAGUGUCGCGAUGGAGGGAAUAGCCUAUAUGGAGACUACCUAAGACCACUGCAACAGAGUUAUUGUAAAGUGUGGGAAUAAGCUUAUGCCAGACUUAGCCUACGUUUAACCUCUCCCUUGUUCAUUUCAAAGUCCAUAUGUUGAUGACCCGAUUCCUAUAAAUCAUGUCAAAUUAUUUUAAAUUCCUAUUAACCCCUCCUACAGAGUAUGCUUUGGCAAGAUUUUGAGUGAUGAAAUAAAUAUCUAAAAUGUUAGUCCGUAAUCGUAACAUGCCGUUUGUAUGUUAACAGAUUACAUUUCACGCAUGGCUUUUCUUAUGAUCCUAAUGAUACGUACGUUCCAUAUUCCGACCAGAAUAUCACUGACAUCAUGAUUUGACCUAGUUUCUUUUCGAAUUCCCAGUUGUCCUGAAAGCACCAAAACUGUCCAUCGAGCGACGAGUUGCUUAGCAUUAGCUCGACGCACGUAACGCCCUGGAUCAGAGCUAUAACCCAGUGAUCAUGAUCUAUGAGUGAGUUGGUACAGCCUGGUUGGCCAUCAUGCAUCUUUUCUAUUUUUCUGCAGAACAUUUGUGUUCUUCAAUGUUCCACAAAUUCAGUACAAAAAUCCUUGGGUUCAAAUUAUGAUGUUCAAGAACAUGACCCCAUCGCCAUUCCUCAAGUUCUACCUAGGUGAGUCCAAUUCUGUACUUACUAUGAUUGAUAGAACCUUUAUCUAUGCCUCUCUAUUUGACAUGUUUGUGCAUCUGUCAUUACUGCAUAAAUACUGUGGUUGUGAUUUUAUCAAGUCUAUUAGGCCUAUGUUUUUUUGUUUUGAAGUCUGACAUGGUAUAUCCAUAGAAUUAGGAAUUAGAAUACAAUAAUAUAAUUAGUAAUUUAAUAGGAUCUAUGUGUAUAUCUCUUCUAUAUAGAUGAUGGAGAGCAGGUGUUGGUGGAUGUGGAGGGGAAGGACCAUAAACAGAUCACCCAACAUGUCAAGACUAUUCUCGGCAAGACCGAGUAAGUACUCGUAGUACCCUAACCUCCGAUACCCAUUCUCAUCACAGCCCACUGCUUGAUUUGGUUCUAUAACAGGGAUUUAUUCGUUAGUCGAAUUCCGUUGCAAAACGUUUGGUCUGUCGCAAAAUGUUUUGCAACGAAACCGUUUACUCUAGGAAGCGAACAGAACGAAAAGGGGAGGGACCUACCUGCAUUUGUCCAAUAGAAACUCUCGUUUUCAUGCAAGACGUUUUCCGUUUGGAGUAAAUGUUUUUAAUUUGCAAAACAUUUUGCAACAGAAUCCGACUAAUGAAUACAUCCCAGAAGUGUAGAUGUGUAGGCCUUCCUGGGUUGCAGCAGUCUGUUUGGCAUGACAACGACAAAGGAUUUGGCUAAGCUAAAGCAGAAACAGACUGGUCCUCAGGCUAGAUGCCAGUGAAUAAGCCAUGAGUUAAUAAGUCUCUGGUCCUCUGUAGCUCAAUUGGUAGAGCAUGGCGCUUGUAACGCCAGGGUAGUGGGUUCGAUCCCCGGGACCACCCAUACGUAAAAAUGUAUGCACGCAUGACUGUAAGUCGCUUUGGAUAAAAGCGUCUGCUAAAUGGCAUAUCAUAUUACAGUAGACUAAUGUCAAGAGGAAUGUUUCAAGGUCCAAUGCAGACAUUUUUAUCUCAAUAUCAAAUCAUUGCUGGGUAACUGAAACUCUAUCCCACCGAAACGGGCUGAAAUUUCAGGCGAUCUUGUCAAACAGCUCUUACACUAAAAGGGCAUUAUCAUAAUUUUCACAAUUUCACAGAAUUAUUCCAACCUCAGUGUGGAAAUGUAUAUACAACACAGGAAACUCAUGUUUUUGACUGCACUGGCCCUUUAAGGUUAGGUGUUACUCUUGUCUAAGUGUAUAAUACAAUAUACUGUUGUUACUGGUUAAUUUUGUCUUCCCCUCAUCAUUGUCUAUUCUCUCCCCUUACAGUGAGGUCCUUCAGGCUGAGGCUCUAGCCAGGAUGGAGGCUGCUAACCCAGCCAACUUUGGGCCCAAGAAGUACUGUCUGAAGGAGUGUAUCUGUGAGGUGGAGGGCCAGGUUCCCUGCCCGGGCAACACGCCGCUGCCUAAGGAGUUGACAGGGAAAUACCGUGCGCAGAUGGCAGCCGCACAGGACUGA